UUGCGUUAACUGGAACAAAAAUGUGCAUGACUCUUAUUUAUCUAACACAUUCAUUCCGGUGCGGAUCAGUGAUAUACAGCUACCAAGUCGAACGACAUUAUCAACGAUGAGAGCAUUGUUUCUACUUGUUUUGGUAAUUAUCCACGAAGGUUCGAAUACAUCGACCAAGAAAGCAAAUGAUUCCUGUGAAUACCAGUUGUUAUCAAGAAAGAAAAGGUUCUUGCUUUUCCCAACGGGAUCUUCCUUGAUAGUAACAGCAUCUCUCUUGAAGGGAGUUUUAUUCACCGGUCCUGGAGGUAACGUUGCAAUGGUAGAGUUCGAUUUAUAUCAUCCUCUUCCUGAUUAUAAGAGGCGUUUUUCCCAAUUUAAAUUGGGCGAAAUAGCGCCUCCACCUUUUGCUCCUUCGAUGUCACCAACAACAUCAAAGAUAGUUCCAAUACCACUUGCAUCACCAGAUUCUAACGAUCAUCACCAUGAACAUGAAGUAUCGCAAAUGGAGCUACAGGAGUACCUCAAGACCCACCCAGAAACGUGGGUUCCUCUAGGAUACAGCAAGGAUAGAUCAGAUCGUUUCCCACAGAAAACGUACAGUCCUUAUCGAACCAACCAACUAAUUAUUGACCAACAAAGCGUUGCUCCGACCUCCAUCCCUCAAAAAAGUAAAUAUUUACAAAAUGAAUUACCAAACACCUACAAUAUUGAAGGCUCAGGUGAAGUUGAACCUGAUCACGGUUUUGUCGAACAGGGAGAUAAAUAUAAUAUUAGCAACUAUCAGGAUUGGGAACAUUACUACCACUACCGGGAAAAGAGAGACUUGUUUCAUACACUUGAACACGCAUUUGAAGAGAGCCAUAACUUCCGAAUAAAACCCUGUAUCAUGCGAGCCAUAUGUGAAGCACGAAGCUAUCUUCCGCCAAAGGGUCGGUCUAUGAUGUUUGACGUUAUAAGAAUUUUCUUCAGCAUUCCGUUGAAGGAUGAACUCACCGAUGAUUACAGCAAAGCCAUGAGAAACGGCAAUAUGGAUUGUCAUGAGGCUUACAGGAACGAAUGUUCUGUCAGUAUAUUAUAUUUAAUUCUGUUCGGAAAGUUUAGUUCGUGAGAUAGCUAUAAACAGGAAAAAACAAGUCACAAACGUGCAUUAUUUCUAAUGAUAAAUUUCAAAUAGUAGUAAUAGACAAUAAAUGACGUAUUA